AGGAAUACACUGAGCUUCACACACAAGCACACACCAAAUAUUUGACAUUUCCAUUUGCUUUGAAUUGCUUUGAAAUGGCAUUUUGUUGCCAAAGCGACAUAACUUUACGACCGUUUGUUUAUGGGCUUUGAAUAAUGUGAGUGUAACCUUAACCUUAGCGUGUGUGUGCGUGUGUGUGUGUGUGUCAGCUCAGAUGGAGCUUGUGUUGUUCUCUGGAGAUGUUAUUUGAGAGCAAAAGUAUACAGUUUGGAUUGUAUUAGGAACAGUUUGUUCUAAAUCACAGCAGGGCAGAUUACAUUCUGCUUCCACUGAGUGGUUGUAUUCUCUGACAUACACAAAAAGCAAUCUUUCCCUAACCUACGCAAACAGAGUGGACAUACACACACCAUCACACACACAAACACACACACCAACACAGACACGCACACACGCACACAACAUACAGUGAGUAAAAUAGGGACUUAUAUGCACUAAGUGUUUGUACACCCACACACACACACACACAUCAAUCUUUCCGUAACCUACACAAAGAGAAUAGAUACACACACACACACACCAUCACACACAGAUGCCAAGAUAGGUACGAUGGGGACCUGUAUUUGUGUUCAUUUUCCUGGUAGAAAAAUCCAGAUUAUUGACACGUGUGUGUGUGUGUGUAUGUUUGAAUGUGUGUGUCCAACCCCUCUGUUUGUAGGUUAGGGAAAGAUUGCUGUGGCUGUAGAUAAGAGGAUUUCACAGGAAUUAGUGUCAUUCUUCUAUCACUGGAGGAAUAGAUUUAUAUCGAUUUUAAUCAGUGAGAGGCAAGAUCCAGUGAAGCAGAGACAGAUCGAGGAAGAGGCAGCCGCAGAGACGGACAUGGAAGCACAGAGACGCGGGGACAGAGAGAGGGACCAUAUCCAUGGAGAAAUGGACAACGCAACACACUGAUGCUUGAUGACGUGAACUGACUGGCACCAGGAGGACUCUUGGCUCAGCAACAACAGAUCUGGCACAUCUGGGACAGCACUCUCAAGAGAAGUACAGCUGGCUGCUCCAAACACACACACACACACACACACACACACAUACUAAAGCCUGAUUCCGGAGCUUUUUGGCGAGGGAAGAUCAACUGCAAACAGACUCCUGUAUGCUUGAUCCGUCAACGACCGCUUCCUGACUCACGACCACGGAGCCUUCUGGAAUGUGGUCCUGCUUCUGUCCCACCGAGAGGGGGUCAUCCUGGACUCUCGACCGUCGACCCUGACUGGAACAUGAACGUGGUUCUGUUGAGUGUGCGGUCCAUAUGCUUGGUCUGGGCGUUGUCUUGGCCCGUCGCCACGGUGACCGGGGCCCAUACCACCGGACGCAAGAAACACAAAGAUGUUUACCUGGGAGAAAACAGCAAAAACAAAUAUGGAGGGAGGAUUGACUACAAACUGAAGAAGCAGGACAGCACCAAGUCACUCCUCAUAAAGACAGAACAGCUUUUGAGAAUCGAGGAACACGAUUUUGCCAUCAGACCUGGCUUCGGAAAUGCAGCUAUCCCCGUGGGCAUCGACGUGCAGGUGGAGAGCAUUGACAGCAUCUCAGAGGUCAACAUGGACUUCACGAUGACCCUGUACCUGCGUCACUACUGGAAAGAUGAACGUCUGGCUUUUCCUUCCCAAACUAACCUGAGCCGAACGUUCGACGCUCGUCUGGUGAAGAAGAUCUGGGUUCCUGACGUGUUCUUCGUCCAUUCCAAACGUUCCUUCAUCCACGACACCACCAUGGAAAACAUUAUGCUUCGGGUCUAUCCCGAUGGAAACAUCCUGUACAGUGUCAGGAUAACUGUGACUGCUCUCUGUGCUAUGGACUUCAGCAGCUUUCCUCUGGACACACAGAACUGCUCUUUAGAACUGGAGAGCUAUGCCUACAAUGAGAAUGACCUCAUGCUCUACUGGAAGAACGGCAAUGACUCUCUGCGGACAGAUGAGAUCGUUCUCUCUCAGUUCUUCAUCGAGGAGUUCAACCCCUCCAAUGGCCUCGCCUUCUACAGCAGCACAGGCUGGUACAACAGGCUGUACAUCAACUUCAUCCUGAGGAGGCACAUCUUCUUCUUCAUGCUGCAGACCUACUUCCCCACCAUGCUGAUGGUUGUCCUCUCCUGGGUCUCCUUCUGGAUCGACAGGAGAGCUGUACCCGCCAGAGUAUCACUGGGAAUAACCACAGUUCUGACCAUGUCCACUAUUAUCACCGGGGUCUCCUCAUCCAUGCCCCAGGUGUCGUAUGUGAAGGCGGUGGAUAUUUACCUGUGGACCAGCUUCCUGUUUGUCUUCCUGUCUGUGAUUGAGUAUGCUGCUGUCAACUACUGCACCACUGUGGAGGAGAUGAGGAAACUGAAGAAGGGAAAGGUCCCAACAUCCUACAAUGCCAGCCAGGCCAUGGCCUUCGAUGGCUGCUUUCAUGACAACGACAUUGAGCUGACCCCGUUCCCAAGCCUGGUCCCAGCCUUGACCCCUAACCCCCUUGAAACCUCCACUCAGGACUCGAGGGAUGCUCCGGCCACGGAAGGGACGCGUCUACGACGACAGCGUUCUGUUCGUGAAAACUUGGAUUUGCUGCUUCGUCACAGCUACAUGAUUGACUCGUACUCCCGUGUGGCUUUCCCUCUCUCCUACCUACUUUUCAACAUCAUUUACUGGAGCAUGUACUCCUGAGGGCGCUGUGAGCGAGUCUGUCGUCAUGAAGGAGAGAGUGUUAACAUCUUCUGGGGGAAACUAUUGUAACUGACUUGUGAUCCAACAGAACUGGUAUUUUUACUCCUGAGGGACUGCCUUUUGUUAAAUUGUUCAACUGCCUAUUUAGAAAAAUAUUUAAGUUUCAACUGGGAGAGACAGUCUUCUAUUUUGAGGAUCAACUGGACACUAAUGUGGUGAUGCCUACUGUUGUGAGUGCUUGGUUUAUACUAACUACAUGAUCCUCAAUUGAGUAUUAAUAUCUGUAGAAUUUGAAGGCCCUGAUAAAGUUUCCCAGGUGGUUCAAAUGCAUUUGUCAAAAACAAAUGGCUAUUUAAUAGUGAAUAAAUUACACAAA